CUCAGUGAGAAGACUGGUGCGCCUGCCUGCUUUGGGGCUCCCUGCCCCGACCCAGCCCCAGCCUCCUCACUCAGUGCUCAGCAAUGGCCCGGGGGUGGGGCGUGGCCCUCGUGGAGUCUCAGAGGUAGCAGGGAUCCUCACCUGAGAGGUGUCAGCUCAGGCCCAGCCUCCCAAGAGAGACGACACCCGGAGCCUCAUCUCUUCACCUUGCUGGGACUCUGCAACAGGUUUCUGGGGCCAUUUGGGCUUUGGGGGAGCCUGGACCAGACCCUGGUCCAGUAGGAUGCCCCCGUGUCCUCCCCAGCAGAGCAGAAACAGGGUGAUACAGCUGCCCACUCCAGAGCUGGGCGAGAUGGAACUGACUUGGCAAGAGAUCAUGUCCAUUACUGAGCUGCAGGGUCUAAAUGCUCCAAGUGAACCAUCGUUUGAGCCCCAGCCCCCAUACCUUGGACCCUCGCCACCUCCAACUUACUGCCCCUGCUCAAUCCACCCAGAUGCUAGCUUCCCUCUUCCUCCACCACCUUAUGAGCUCCCAGCAUCCACAUCCCAUGUCCCAGACCCCCUAUACCCUUAUGGCAACAUGGCCAUACCAGUCUCCAAGCCACUGACCCUCUCAGGCCUGCUCAGUGAGCCCCUUUCAGACCCCUUGGCCCUCCUGGACAUUGGGCUGCCAGCAGGACCACCUAAGCCCCAAGAAGACCCAGAAUCUGAUUCAGGAUUAUCCCUCAACUAUAGUGAUGCUGAAUCUCUUGAGCUGGAAGGGACAGAGGCUGGUCGACGGCGCAGCGAGUAUGUAGAGAUGUACCCAGUGGAGUAUUCCUACUCACUUAUGCCCAACUCCUUGGCUGCCCCAAACUAUGCCUUGCCACCUGCUGAGACCUCCUUGGCCUUAGAGCCCUCCUCAGGCCCUGUGCGGGCUAAGCCCACUGCACGGGGGGAGGCAGGGAGUCGGGAUGAACGUCGGGCCCUGGCCAUGAAGAUUCCUUUUCCUACAGACAAGAUUGUCAACUUGCCGGUAGAUGACUUCAAUGAGCUGUUGGCAAGGUACCCGCUGACAGAGAGCCAGCUGGCACUAGUUCGGGACAUACGACGGCGGGGCAAGAACAAGGUGGCUGCCCAGAACUGUCGCAAGAGAAAGCUGGAGACCAUUGUGCAGCUGGAGCAGGAGCUGGAGCGACUGGGCAGUGAACGAGAACGGCUUCUUAGGGCCCGUGGGGAGGCAGACCGGACCCUGGAAGUCAUGCGCCAACAGCUGACAGAGCUGUACCGUGACAUUUUCCAGCACCUUCGGGAUGAAUCAGGCAAUAGCUACUCCCCUGAAGAAUAUACACUGCAACAGGCUGCUGAUGGUGCCAUCUUCCUGGUGCCCCGAGGGACCAAGACAGAGGCCACAGACUGAGCUGGCCCAGAUUGGUGGGACUGGUGAUAGGAAUUUUCUUCAUCCCUUUCUAAUAAAGGUACCCCCUAACUUUGGGACCCAGAAGGCACUGACAAUGGUACCAGGUGUCUGGGAGCUCCCAGCUGUGUUUAAAAGCUUGCCUUGAGGGAUUAUGUGAGGGGAGAGUUUCCAUCUCUUCCCUGACUCAGCUUCUCAGGUCUCUAACCUCCACCUCUUGUCUAAGCUUUGGUCUAUAAAGUGCUCUAC